CCAGAAAACAUGCUGAAAGGAUGAAACUGGUUCUUCAUUUGCAAUUCAGAUGUGACCACAGAUGAGUCAAAUAGUUAUUUGUAUAAAAAUGAAUGAUUUAAUUUUAAUAUGUGUUGCAUUUAAAGCCUAUUUCCAAUACCAAAAUGAUAAUAUGUGGAAAUUUCUGAGUAAUAGCAAAUCAUAACAACCCCUGCAUUUGGCUUAGUAUCAUCAUUGCUUUAGAUGUCAGCCUGUGUUCUGAUAGGUCACAAGAUAAAGGGAGGGCAGUUUCUUGCACACUGCGCUCUUCAUUUAAGACCAGAAUUCUAUAGAAUGGACACUCAAUUCAGCUGUUGAGUUAGAAAUGAGAUCUUGACCAGUGUGUAUAUCAAUUAUUCAGCUACUUAAACCGUGCAACCACACAGGAAAGGGAGAAAUAACAAACUGCAACUGCUGUGAUGAUGAAUGCUGACGAUUGCAAUGGCCGUUCGUACAUGUCAGGUAGUGGAGAUUCUUCAACAGAGCGGGAGUUUUUUGCAGGGCUGAGAGGUCCCACCGUGAGCACACCAAACAGUCAACAGUCCUCACCCAGCCGCUCACUCAGUGCAAACUCCAUCAAGGUGGAGCUCUACAGUGACGAGGAGGCAGGUGGUGCUCCACUGGCGGAAAGGAGAGUCGGGGAGAAGAAUGAAGGAUGGAAAGAUGAAAAGGGCGAGUUGGCUGAAGAUGGUGGAGUGGAGAUGGUCGGAGGUACACGAGGACAGGCUGGGAGCGGCUGUGGAGAGAUGGCCAGCUCUGAGCCCGCAUCCCCUGGUCCCAUUCGGCUGCCCAAUGGGAAACUUAAAUGUGAUAUAUGUGGGAUGAUCUGCAUUGGACCCAAUGUUCUAAUGGUGCACAAACGCAGCCAUACAGUCUUGGUCUCGGUAGGUGAGCGGCCAUUCCAAUGUAACCAGUGUGGGGCCUCCUUCACUCAGAAGGGCAACUUGCUGCGUCAUAUCAAGCUCCACUCUGGCGAAAAGCCCUUCAAAUGUCCCUUUUGUAACUACGCCUGUCGCCGCCGUGACGCCCUGACAGGACACCUCCGCACCCACUCCGUGUCCUCCCCUACAGUAGGGAAGCCCUACAAGUGCAGUUACUGUGGCCGCAGCUACAAGCAGCAGAGCACCCUGGAGGAGCACCGUGAGCGCUGCCACAGCUACCUACAGAGUCUGGACCACCAGCCUGCUCAUAACACCCAGCCUGCGCACGGUGAAGAGUCCCAUAAUGUGGAGAUGAUGUCUGAACCACUGAUCCAGUCCUCCUCAGAAAAGAUGACCUUCAUUGAUCGGCUGGCCAAUAGCAUCACCAAGAGGAAGAGAUCUACACCCCAGAAGUUUCUGGGUGAAAAGCACAUGCGACUGAAUAUAUCCGAAGCACCUUAUGAACUCGACCCCAAUCCUGAUAAAGAAGGGGACAUGCUGCUGUCGCACCCCGAGGGUGACCCCGCUGCUUUAGCAGGCAUGGGAGGGCGUUUCCUGCGGGGGCCGAGAGGAGGGAACAACGAUGUGGAUCCUUCCCGGUCGCUGCGGAUGCCCCCCCACUCCACCUGCAUCUCAGAGUUCACCCCAGUCAUCAGCUCCGUCUACCCUCAUAUAACCUCUCUAGGGCAGCGUCUAAACUGUGCAGGGGGCAUCUCCAUGGGCCUGGCCGGGAGGGAGGCCGGCGAGGGUCAUGAAGAUGCUCCUUCCACCCGCAGCCACGCCGCCUCGCCGAGCAACGGUUACCAAGAUUCGACAGACACUGAGAGCAUGGCGGAGGAGCAGUGCGUCAUCACCUCGGUGCCACCAGGAAACUUGAACCACCGUGGGCGCGAGCGGCACAGUCCUAGUCACGCCAAAGAAACGGACAUGGAGGGGGACAGGGAGAAAGGGAUCCCUGGGGGUUUACCGACCAAGGCGAGCCCGCGCUCACCGCUGACGAGGGAAGCCAUGCAGGUGAUGGACGGGGAAGGGCGGCCGGUGCGCUCCUUCCGCUGCGAGCAUUGUCGCAUUUUCUUCCUGGACCAUGUCAUGUUUACCAUCCACAUGGGCUGCCACGGCUUCCGCCAGCCCUUCGAGUGCAACAUCUGUGGCCACCGCAGCCAGGACCGCUACGAGUUCUCCUCGCACAUUGUCCGCGGGGAGCACCAGGUGGGCUGAGGUGGGCGGAGGUCAAGACUGGGGGGAGAUGUACAGAGCGUUGUAUGCUGCUUUGAGAUGGCGUCAUGGCGUCUAGUUCGGUCUGCACCAGAUUGGGGCACAUUAGCACUUGCUUUUAUAAUUAGCGGACAUCAGAUUUUACAUCGAAGGCUAAUCGCUUAGGUACGAGCAUAAAACGUGCAAUUGCAUCCCGCGUUAGAGGAUGACAAGUCAUAUCCUCCGAUUGCACUCCCACAACAAGUCAUUCAUCGCAAGAAGCAGCUGUUUUGCUUUAGAAGUGCCUUACUUCGGUGGGGUUUAUUUUUUAUCAGUUGGGAAGAGAUUCGAGAUGUGAGAUUAGGUCUAUACCCAUCUGUUUGGUGGCGUUUACAUAGAGUCUGCCUCUUGAAGAGAGAAAGACAUUGAAUUGCUUAGACGUCCAAAGUCUGGACUGGUUUAUCCAGAGUGGUUUUCCAAAGUUUCUGAGCCUGUUAAACAAGAAAUCUAUGCCUAAGAGUAUUCACACUAACUUUGUGCUCUUUUAGGAUACCUCGGUGGGACUGUUGAAAUUAGGCGACUCAGGGAGGACACUGCUGACAGAGAGGGAAUGGAGAGCAAGCAGCGUGAAUUGCAAAAUUGAGGCUGGAGUAUUGGUAUGUUAGCCAUAUAAGGAGGAGCACAGACACAUAUUGCCUUAAUCGUUGCUUUAUAUGAACCCUGUACGAGUUCGUUUUAGAAUUGCACAUGGUUUUUAAUGCUGGACCAUUCCGUAGGUACAAUGCAGCCUGAAUUCGGGUAACUUCGAAACAAAGAUGAUACGUCACUCUUGGGUCAAAUAGGAUUGGGGUUAGGCUAAGGCUCGGAUAAUUUUAUUGCUUUCUAAAAUGUAUGUUAAUGUUUUAUUUAAGAAAGGAAAUGAACUUGAAACAUUUGCCUUAGUUUUUGAGUCUACAACCUCUGUCAAGAAAGAGAGAAAAAAAGUUGGUUUCCUUGUGCCUCAGAUCUUGAUUGUCGUUUCAACUUUAUCUCAACCUCACUUAAGUGGCGAUAAAGAUUUUGCCUAUCAAAUCUAUUGAGGUUUUUUAAAAUAGUUUUUGUAGUACGAAGUCCCCGCCAUCCAUCCUCUGCCAUGCUGCGUACACAGUGAGCCACAUUAUGUUUUUUAGAUCCGGAAAAGAAGCCUUAAUAUUCUGGUGCAGACCAAACACAGACCUAUGUUGCAUUCCGUGAAUUUGAUGACGUGUGAAGGGGGAGGGUUGUUACCUCAAAAGGAGGAUUGCACUUUUUCUAAUUCUGCUUAAAUGUGAGUGUUUUUGCUGGGGCUGUUGGGAGGGUUUCGGACAGGCGGGGCGGGGCGGCACCGGGCGGGAGGGGGAUUUUAUUCAAAGGCUUUAGGGGAGCAGACACAGUAAUGAUUGGUAACUGAGCUUUGAAACAUAUUCUUUUGUUUUCUGAAAUUGCUCUAUUGCACUGAUUUCUGAUAAAAAUGCUAUUUAGAGAAAACAAGAAACAAUUU